AUGGCCGGCGGUGUCACUGUUCGCGAUGUUGAUGCGCAGAAGUUCAUCAACGCCUACUCUGCUUUCCUGAAGCGUCAGGGCAAGCUUCCCAUCCCUGGUUGGGUUGACACCGUCAAGACUGGUGUCUCGAGGGAGCUCCCCCCCCAGGACAUUGACUGGUACUACGUCCGCGCCGCUGCCAUCGCCCGCCACGUCUACCUCCGCAAGACGGUCGGUGUCGGCCGCCUUCGCAAGCACCACGGAACCACCAAGAACCGCGGUUCCGCCCCCGGCCACCACGUCGACGCCUCCGGCUCCGUUGACCGCAAGGUCUUCCAGUCCCUCGAGAAGAUUGGUGUCCUUGAGCAGGACGAGGACAAGGGCGGUCGCCGCAUCACCCAGGCUGGCCAGCGUGAUCUGGACCGUAUCGCUCAGACCGUCGCCGAGGCCGAGGAGGAGGAUGAGGAGGAGGAUGACGAGUAA